UGAGCAUUGCAGCAGUCGAUUUGUCGACGGUGUGAGGCGAUGACGGGCUUCGUUGUUGGUUUCCUCGUUGCGGCUGCGACUGCACAUGUCGCGCAUGCAGGCGGGUCGAGUGUUCUGUUGCCGUUCGGAAAGAGCCACGGCGAUCGGAGGACGGAGGCGAGCGACCAGCCGGUCGUCGUCAAGUUUCCCGAGCCGUUCCGAUUUCAGUGCGUCGAUUUCUCUCUCGCCGUGGUCGAUCAGUCGGGAUUGGUGGCGCUCGACGACGGUCGCUCAUCGCCUCUCUUCGCUCGUUUCUUUCCCGAGAAGGCAGAGCAUCUCAUCCGCUUACCAUCGACGUGGAAAUACCGUCUGUACUACCGGGUGUCGCAGGCGCAACGCGACAGAUCGAGAGUGUCGAGAAUCGUUCACGCCGCCGUGCGGGAGCUCGACUUCGCGCCGAUCUGGUCUGCAGUCCUCACCUUCCAGAGAGGCGAUCGACGUGGGAAGUUGAGCAGGGAUCAGCGUGAGGCGGCUUCGUCUCAGAUUGUCUUGACUAGUGAUGGGCAUCGUUCGAUUGUUAUUUUCAAUUUUGGGAAUGCGAGCAGUGCGGCGAGAGUGUCGUUUCGAGGCUCGAACGGAAGGGAGGUUGUGAUCAACGGGGGCGUGGCAUAUUCCAAUGUGGACCGGGAUGGGAGGUGGUUGUAUGGUGUCAGCUGCGGAGGAUCUGUAAAGCCGCCGGCAGCGAUGUCUGAUGAUUGGGAUGUGGAAUGCUGUGAUGCUGCUGCUGCACAGGUUUUGCGUACGCCAGUGUGGAAUACAUUGCUGGGCGAUGUGCAGCAUGGCUACAAGGCUGUAGCAUCGCUUCCUAAUGUACCAGUUCCUGAGAAGUUGGAAUCGUGUGACUUUGAGACAAAGACAUGCCCGUUCUGGCAACAAUCGUUAGAUGACGAUACUGACUGGAUGCUCAAUAGUGGACCAACUCCUUCACAUAACACUGGUCCUAAGACUGGAAAUGACGAUUCGAAAGCAUAUAUGUAUUUAGAGGCAUCGGCAGUUCGGUCUGGUGAGAAAGCUGUUCUUGAAAGUCGACCGUUUCCGUCCACAGAUCCACUCUCGUCUUGCCAGCUUUCGUUUGCAUACCACAUGUCCUCUACACCUGAGCUAAAAGGGAUGGGGACAUUAAUUGUGAAGUUAGUAGGUUUGAAGUCUAAGAAAGAGAUGACAGUGUGGGAAAGGUCGGAUGACCAGGGUGAGAAAUGGAAUAGAGCCGAUGUGCUUCUGUCUAGCACUGAGCCGUUUCAAGUUUUGCUUGUUGGCGUUCGAGGACUGCACUACAGCUCAGACAUAGCAAUUGAUGAUGUAACAUAUUCGACAUAUUGUCGAUACAGGACAUGCCACUUGGACAGUGUGGUGUAUCUGCACGGGUAUCAGUGGUCUUCAUCUGAUGGAUGUAAGACCUGUGUGUGCGAUGAUGGAACGGUGUAUUGUACGACAGUGCAUUGCGAUCAUCCGAAGGGAUGUGUCAAGUUUGCUGACCCAAGUCCUGGAAAAUGUUGUGCAGAGUGUCUGUCUGUGCGUGAAGAUCUGUUAGGGCUUACUUCUGCUGGAUGUGUCAGUGGUAAUACCACUUAUGUUCACGGAUCACGUUGGACAGAAAAUGGAUGCUUAGAAUGUGAAUGUCAUGAUGGGACAACAUCAUGCACCAGACUGCCUGUAUGCAGUCAGUCUGCUGAAUCGGUUGUUUCGCUAUUUGAUUGUUCGUUUGAAGACGGGAUGUGUGAUUGGAUUAAUGACGACAAUGGAGAUGUAGAGUGGGAGAGAAACCGGGGUCCCACUCUUACACCGAACACUGGACCAGACGUGGACCACACAUUAGGAUCUGCAUUAGGUUACUAUUUGUACAUGGAAAGCUCACAGCCAAAUAGGCCUGGUUACAGGGCCAUACUGUUAGGUCCGGCAGUUGAUAGUCAAAAUUUAGUGUUCGGUAUCCAGUUUUGGUACCACAUGUACGGCAGGCAUACAGGGCCAUUAACGGUAUCUGUGAGAUUUUCAUCUGGUGACGAACGUGAAUUAUGGCAUCUUGAGGGUGACCAAGGCAAUCAAUGGCAUAGAGCGAACAUACGACUGCCGUCCGGUGAAGAUCUUGGCUACAGAGUUGUGUUUACUGCUGAGCGAACAAAGGGCUUUCUUGGAGACGUUUCGAUCGACGAUAUAUCUUGGAUCUCUUAUCCUGUGAGUGAAGAGCCGACAACUGUCUCGACUGUAGAUCUUGAAAUUGAUUUCAAGGUUUGCGACUUUGAAAAAGAUUUUUGCAAGUGGAAAACUGCGUUGUCGAAUGAAGCUGAAGCUGUGUGGACUCGACAUAAGGGAAGUACACCAACAGGAGAAACCGGUCCAUCCACGGAUCACACACUUGGUGAUGAAAAUGGGUAUUACGUCUAUUUUGAAUCUUCAGAUCCAACUAGAUCGGGCCAUCGAGCUGUUCUUGAAGGACAAGCUGUUGAUCCUGGUGUCUCAGCAUGUGGCAUUCGCUUCUGGUAUCACAUGUAUGGUUCGUCAAUGAACACACUGACAGUUACAUUGAAACCAGUUGAGCAAGGUGAAGCUAUUGAAUUGUGGAGCAACUCUGCUAGUCGUGGCAAUGAAUGGCUAGAAGUCAAGAUUGAUUUUGCAUCGGUCAGCCAGCUGCCCGACACUUUGUCCUCUGUGGUAUUCAUGGCAACCAAAACUCGUAGCUAUGUUGGUGACAUCGGUUUAGAUGACAUUCAGUACAUAUCAUGCUUUGGGAUGGAAACAGAAGAGCCAGCAGUAAUAGCAGUCCCAACCGAUAAAGGAUCAGUCAUUACUACACAGCAGGAGAUCACCGAACCUCCCACUAAACCUACUACUAAGCCUACCACUAAACCUACUACUAAGCCUACCACUAAACCUACUACUAAGCCUACAACUAAGCCUACCAUUAAACCUACUACUAAGCCUACCAUUAAACCUACCACUAAGCCAACCACUAGGCCUACCACUAGGCCUACCACUAAACAACCUGUGUCACAGUGUAGACUGCCGUGUGAGAAUGGUGGCACGUGUGAUGGAAAGAAUCGCUGCACGUGUCCUCCUCUAUUUCGAGGACGUUACUGUCAGAAAUCCAUUUGUAGUCAUCCUUGUAGAAACGGAGGCGUUUGUAUUGGAGUAAAUCAGUGUGAUUGUGCUAUCGGAUAUGAAGGAAGAUACUGCCAAAGUGAUAUUGAUGAGUGCAUUAGCGAUAACUGUCAUCAGAAUGCACGUUGCACCAACACUCUUGGCUCUUACCAAUGUCAUUGUCUUGAUGGAUUUAUUGGAGACGGACUUACUUGUAGAAGUGCUUGCUCGCAACCAUGUCAGAAUAAUGGUGUCUGCAAUGCUUCAGGAUUAUGUUUGUGCCCGCAAGGAUUUAGUGGCAAUUUCUGUGAAAUUGACAUCGAUGAAUGUGCGUUGGGCUUGAAUGAUUGCGAUCUCAUCGCUACGUGUGUCAACACACGUGGAUCAUAUCGUUGCGAGUGUCCACCGGGUUACAACUUGCAUGAAGACGAUUCCUCUUGUAUUGAUGUGGAUGAAUGUAACGGUGAAAGGGCACAGAGUGCUUGCGCACCUGGAGCAGAGUGUGUCAAUUUAGAUGGAUCAUAUAAUUGUUCAUGUCGAUUACCACGUUACUGGAAUCAGGAUCGCACAGUGUGCAAUGAAGACGAAGACGAGUGUGCACGAGGAUCACACGACUGCUCUCGGUUUGCUGUCUGUGGUAAUACAAUCGGCUCUUUCACUUGCACUUGCAAUAGUGGGUUUGUUGGCGAUGGAAAGAAUUGUAUACGUAUAACUGAACCGCCGCCGACUACUCAGCCGACGCCUCGGACAUUCACUGGGCGUUUGUUGUAUACUGAUAGACGCAGCGUUCGAACAUGCUACUUGCAUAAGCCAAUUGAUGAGAGCAGUAGUACGUUGUAUUCAGUGAGCCCAGGGCAGUCAGCUAUGUACGUGGAUUACGACGACUUGAAUUCACAGACUAUCUACUGGACGGAUAUGAUGAAUCACAGCAUUCACUCUGGUCAUAUGCUUCGUCAGCUGCCGCCGUCCGUUGUUGUGAGCGACAAAUCGAUCGGUCCGGAAGGUAUCGCCGUGGACUGGGUUGGACAAAAUCUUUACAUCACGGAUACUGUGAUGAAAGCGAUCAAGGUAAUGAGUUUGGAUGGAAAGAAGAGUCGCUUACUGUUCUUUCGUGGAAUCGCCAAUCCGAGAGCAAUAGUUGUAGAUCCAGCAAGAGGUUACUUUUAUUGGUCUGAUUGGAAGCUGUCUCAAGCUACUAUUACGAGAGCUACUAUGGAUGGAACUCUCCCUCGUCCGAUUAUUACCAGGAAUUUGAGGUUUCCAAAUGGCCUUGCUAUUGACUAUACGAAUGAACUUCUCUACUGGGCUGACUCUGGCAUUGGGAGAAUUGAGCGAUCAGAUUUGGAUGGCCUGGGAAGGAUAGUAGUACGAAGGUUACCUCAGUCUCAUCAUCCUUUUGGUCUCGAUGUCUUGGAUGGCUAUGUUUACUACUCACAUGGACGACAGCCUGGUGCUAUUUAUCGUGUCUCUGACGACGACAGUCCAGUUCCAGUGUGUCGAUCAAAACUCAAGAUCACGAGUGUCAAAGCCAUUGCUCCUCGUCAGUCAAAUGUUGCCAAUAGUUGUUCACAGUGUUUAAGUGAUUCAUUAUGCUUGAUGAGUACAUUUGGAAGUCGAUGUGUGUGUCCUACGGAUCCUUCUGGAAACUCUUUACCUUGUAGUGGGUCAAGGCGCUAAGAACGUGCACUGCAAUUGUGUUGAUGGUGAUUGUUCAUGUUAUCUUUGUAAUCAUACCCUGAGAUCAGGCUGGGACUGUUUUUGACUGUUGGGAUUUCAUUUGCUAAUUUAACUUGUUGCACUGAUGUAGAGGGGGAAACGUAAUGCGUGACAAUUUGACAUUAAAUAUAUGUUUAAUUAAUUGAUUGA